UCCGCUUCCAUCUUAUUGCAUCAUCACUUACCAUCAGGUGAGAUUGUAGUCAUCGGCUAACUUGGAAAUAAUAAAAAUAGUGGCAAAGGAAGUUCCAUGGUAAAUAGUGAUCAAUUGAUUAUUUGAUUUAUUCUGAGAUUUAUGUAGAAUAUUACUUAGCAUGUCAUGGAUUCACCGUGCGGGUAUCGCGUCCAUCGAGUGGCAGAGAGAAAAUUCCUGAAUAAAGGGUCCUGAACUUGUGACCAAUGGAUUUAGGGUUAAGGAAUUCCUUGAAAAUCGAUCAGCACUACCCUUCUCUACAGUGUUGUUCUUCCUGUCUAGCUAAAUAUGGCGUAAAACUAACGACAUAGCCAUUUUUAGUUAUUUACAUCGGUCUCCUAUUAAAAAGUGGAUGCACAAUCAGCGAAAAAAACGUCCCCACUCAAUGAGUGCCAAACUCAACUUCUUGUCACUCAAUGCAACUAGUCCCAUUUGCAAAUUCAACGUUAAACUUAAGCCUUAAGGUUGAAUUUGCUCUGAUUUUGGGAUUUUAUUGAAUAUUGGACUAUAUUUAAAGGCCUUUAGGUAUAAUUUCCUUUACCAAUAAUUCUAAAACUGUCAAACCAAAUUUGACAGUUUUUAAGUGAAAUUUUCUAUAUGAUUGUGCGUCCUCUUAUUUUAAGAGGUCAAUGGUUAUUUGAUUAUAAUUUUAUAUUGCCAGCAGCUACAAUUGACGAGGUACCUCCAGAUUGGUCGUACAGUUCUUUCCCCGAAGAGGUGAAAAACCACGUCAAUGAUUUUAAACGCAACAUGAGCGAAUGCUUGAAAGAGGAGGUUCAAGCGAAUGACAAGAGACAAGUGAAACGUUUGUCACCCAAUAGAGAGUCGCCAGUACACGGAGAGUGUCUCAUAGCUUGCGUGUUGAAACGAAACGGUGUCAUAGAGUACGGCAAAGUUAAUAAAGUAAAAUUACUGGCUCUUAUAAGCAAGUUCUACGCAAAGGAUGAGAAAUUGAUAAAGAAAUUGGAGAAGAACUUGGACCGGUGCAUAGAGUCGAGCGCGCGGGGCAAGGACGACUGUACCACCGCCGCGAGACUGAAUGAUUGCACGAACGGACUUAUGACUAAUAAUAAACAUAGAAUUACAGUGAAAUAUUAAAAAACUCAAUUAAAAAUGUGCACAUUUGUAUUCAUUUUUGCUUAAGUAUACAAACUUUUUUCUUAAUUCAUCAAAUACACGAACCUUAGACUGGGCACUAUUUUAGUUUCGCCAACAGUACCUAUAGAUAAAGAUA